GUGUUAAGAAGCCCUCAUAAUGCAGAGGAGACAUACCUCCAGAAUGUAGCUGGGGUUCCGAUGCGGGUGCUCUCAACCUCAACCUUCUUUGAGCAGAAGUGGCUGGUUACUCGAGUAGAUGCCACGGCUGUUUGUCCAACACCAGAGGCAGUGGCCUUUACUCCAGAAGUGAUCACCUGGUACAUGCCCAAGCACAUAGACCCACUUUUCUCCUCUGAUGCCUUCACCAUGUUGGAGGUGUACAUGGGAAUUGACGCUAAGAGGCUGGACACUGAGGAAAUGGCUGCCAGAAACUACUCGGUUUUAGUCACAGAGGCUCAUAUUAUUGUUGAAAUUCCGGUGGGGGCGGUUGGCGGCUACUUCAAGAGCCAUAUUCAGGAUGACCAGUACUUUGUCACUUACACCAUUGAGCCCAUGCUUGAGUUGCUGUGGAUCGAGGACGUCUCACACGAGAACACCAGCUAUAAAGUCCUCUUCCCUAUCACAACACCUCCGAUGGCCAGGCCUCUACAAGUUCGCAACUACACGCCCUUAGACACAGUUCCUGAGCAGGCAGUGUUUGUGCUUAGAAGGGCGGAACAAGGUGUCACAACCUUCACUCUUCAGCUGAUCUACGGCCUGGUCAUCUUUCCAGAGUACGCUCCUUUCUCUCACUCUGCCGUUGUGGACGCUGUACUGCUGGACAUUGUGCCACCCUCAGUCACUGGCAACUGUGAUCAGGAGAACUUCCACAUCACUGACGCAGUGUUUGAGUCGGUUCACUCGUCCUCUGUCAGGAGCAGACUGGAUGUGGCUCUGUUGAAUCCUUACAACAACAUGACCAUCAAAUACUUUUCCCUGGCUUGCAGCUUCCUCAAAACGCUGACUGAGUGUUUCUCUAACGGAACGAUGACUGCGCUGGCAGUGAAGGUGGAGUCUGCUCCCGGUCUGAACCCCGGUCAGCUGACCCUGAGCGACCCCGCCUGUGGUCCCACCUACAGUGACGAUCGCUUCGCCUACUUCCACUUCACUGUGAACUCCUGUGGCACCACCAGGAAGUUUAUCAACAAUGUCAUGCUGUAUGAGAACGAAAUCUCCUUGCCAGAUGAACUUGAGGUGAAGCUGAAUGCCACGACGUCUUCAGAGGAGGAAUAUCAGUUAAAGGUUUCCUGCUACUUUGUGGCCAACAUCACUCGCACAUUGGCCUUUCUGACCAGGCCGCGUGACAACGAGCCUUUUGCCGAGACUGGGACGGGUCGACUAAUGGUCAGAAUGAGACUCGCUCAGGAUGCCUCGUAUAACACGUUCCACCAGGAGGAGGACUAUCCAGUGGUGAGGUACCUUAGACAGCCUCUGCACUUUGAGGUGGAGCUGACCACGUCCUCUGAUCCCAAGGUAGCGCUGGUGCUUGACCACUGCUGGGCCACCCUCAACGAGGACCGUGACUCCCGACCCCGGUGGAAUCUCAUCAUUAAUGGCUGUGAGAACCCCGAGGAUCCAUACCGUGUGGUCUUCCACCCGGUAGAAGUUGACGCCAGGGUCCACUUCCCCUCUCACGUCAAACGCUUUGAGGUCUAUAUGUUUUCCUUCGCCGAGGAUGCAGUUGAGCAGAGUGGCCAGGUCUUUGUCCAUUGUGAUGUGGUCAUCUGUGAUGCCAGUAGUCCCACUGGCAGCCCCUGUAGUGGACAAUGUGUGAAUCAGGACAACCUGAAAAGAGGUCAACGACAUGUCAAAGACCUCUUUGAGGAGCGUCAUGUAUAUGUUUCUUCUGGAUACAUUACACCCAAAGAAUGUAUUGUUCUAACAUGACAAAUAAAGUGUUCUAUAUAAAACAAUCCUAA